AUGGCUGACGACGACCUCGACGACCUCGACGACCUCGACGACUUCUCCGACCAUGACCUCGACGACCUGCCCGCCAACGCGCUCGACGACCUCGAGGCAAGCGCCAUCAGGGCCACACAGCAGCCGCAGCAGCAGCUACUGUUUGACCCAGAGGCCGACUCGGACGACUACGGCCUUGAAGAUGGCGACGAGGUAGUCAACUUGGACGACGCGUCGGGUCCCCCGCGUGCGUCGCACGACUACGACUGGCAAACAUACAAUGGCCAGAUGCAAGUGGAAGAGCAGCCGCGCCCAUCGCAGGCCGACCCCAACGCGCUACUCCAGCGUAUCAAGAAGUUAGAGCAAGACAAGGCGCGCGAGAGAAGAGAAGCCGACGAGCUGAAAGGGAAGCUACAGACGAAGUCGGGCGAGGCCGACACCCUUCGAAGACGCUACGAUGCCGAAAGUCGUCGACACGAGCGCCAGCUGGCCGACCAGCAGCAGGCGCACGGUACUGAACUCGCCAAACUGCGUGCCGAAAUGGAGAGGCUGCGCCAGGAGAAGGAGUCGGCACAGACGGACAACAUGUUCAAUCAGCAUGACGCACGAGAGACGAGCAUCGCGCGACGGCCUGGGAGGACCAUGCCGUCACGGCCAAAGUCGGGUCCGCCCGUCGUCAGUCCAGCCGGCACCCCGAACAAGGGGCAGAAGACAAGAGGUCCACUGGGCGAUGGCUUCGCCGAUGACGAUGCUAUCAUGGCGUCACCGUCCAGGCACGGCGAGAGGCAGAAAACGGCGACACCCAAGCAGGCGGGCAAGAGGAAACGACAGACGAUGGACCAGAGCCCCAUACCAUUGCCUGCGCUGUCGCUGAGCCAGCCACGAAGCCAACCAAAAGAAGAAGAGCCAGCGCCUGUCGCAGCACCUACGCUAGACGUUGGAUUACUCGAGUACUUCCGACGCGACGACCAACGAUUCACCCUGCUUCAUCGCCUGCUCUCACAUACGUCCUCGAAUGGCACCGAUCGCAUACUCGAAGCACUUACCCUGCAUGCAUUUCCGUCUGACGUAUCCAAAAAGCUGUCUUCGAUCGUGUAUGAUGCACUAGCCAACAUAGCCACUGCUGAUGUGCACGAGUUAGCACUACAGAUAUGUCACAUCUUUCUUGAUCUAUGGAAGCGCUGUCAGACUGAGAAGUACUAUGCUCCGAUUUCGUUAAUCCUGGAUGCGCUGCACUUCGUUCUGGCAUGUGAACCGACCGAGACUGCAGUCGGCAUAGCAGACCGCGUCGUACCGCUCAUCAUCGCCUCCGUUGAUCUUGUAGCCGACCCCAUCUCGAAAGCAGCCAAAGGAGGUGAGAAAGCUAUUGCCGAUCUCUACUCUCCAAAGCAACGGGAAAUCGCGUCUCGCAUCGACGUCGAGGACUGUCUUGAACUGCUGUAUCUCGUUGCGAGCAGCUGUCUUUCGUCAGUAGACCCUGAAGCUAUCGUCCGUUUGUGGCAGGCAAUACCCUCGACCUUCGCUAUAAUGCUCCUUGUCAAAGAGCAGCCACAAUCACAGAUCAUGCUCAUGUUGCGCAUACUUGAUACCUCUGCACUACCUACCUCAGUAGGACCUAUAACCACUGCGGAUUCUCCACAAGAUAAUCAAGCAAACAACGAAGAUGCUCUGAUCAAUCGCCUCACCAAUCUUUUCACUGAGAUACCCAGGCUCAUCCCCGAUCCUGCGGCUUCUCCCGGUGCACUUCCAACACCCUCCGAAGCAGACCUCUGGGACCUCCGCUUUCUCGUCAUCUCAGUACUUACACAAUUCUCUGUUUCAGAGUAUGGCUCUAGUCGUCUGGCCCAGAAUCGCCUUUGCAUCGGCCGAUUGAUCAAGUACCUUGAUCACUGCGUUACAAGCCUCUAUCGGCAUCCCAUCUCGCCGACUCAAGACCGGAAAGUCGAUUCCAUCAAUGCCACGAUGAAGCUGAUCUAUCACGUCGCGACGACGAAUGCCAACUUCGAUGUCAAGAGCAAGUUGGUGAAUACGCUGGGCGGGCAACAUGCCUAUCUGGUUGCACUUACUCGCUUGGCCUUUAGCGAGGGACUAGUGCUAGAAGCGGGAAUUGAAGACGAGGUCGUGAACAUGGCGCAUGACAUCCUAGAUGAGGGACUGAGCAUGGAAGAGGGUGAUGCUUUUGGAAAAGUGUUUAGUAGUGGAAGCACUGUCUAG